UCUUCGCCGCAAGUCUUUUCCAAGUCCCUUUUAUCGUAUUUAUCCAAGAAGCGUGCCUUAUCGCACCGUUGCCGGGAUGAGCUGGAGGAUUUCGCAAUGAGCCUCCAAUCGGGGAGGCAAUGGGCGCUCAACAUGUACGACGCGAAUGGGAAGCUGCCAGCUGGUGCAAUGGAAGGCAAUUUAAUUGAGUUGGGGUCAUUUGAUGAGUGCUUGCGACUUGUGCGUACCAACAACCAUGGUCUAACCGGAAAAUACUGUUUGGGAUCGCUGUACGUUCCAAAUCGAUAUGUUGAUAAUGCCACAAUAAGGCUGGUAUUCAACGGCAUUGAGAGCGACAAAAUGGAAUUCGGGGUUUGCUUUCCGGGUUCGUGUUCGGCCAUAGACCUGGAAAUGACAGCGAAAGGAAUCGGACUAAAUAUGACACUCACGGAAGCGACCUGCCAGACGAGAGAAACCCAAUCUAGGAUUACGGCGGGAGCGUACGUAACUCUGGCACUUGCCUGCCUCCUUCUACUUCUGAUUGUAGCUUCGACGAUAUACGAGCUCUGUUUCAAAGCCGACUCGCAUUGGGCAUUAAAGUCAUUCUCGCUGUGGACGAAUGGAAAAAUAAUUUUUCGAGUUAGCAAACCAAGCGCUGGUGAUAUUUCGUGCUUGAAUGGUAUUCGAGUAAUUGCUAUGACCAUGGUAAUUGUCUAUCACAUCUACAUGUUUCGCCAUGGAAGAGCAGCCAGAAAUUCCUACUACUACUCAUACUCGAUACAUCAACCGAAAGAUGGUCCCUUAUUGACGUUACCCUUUGGAGUCGACAUAUUUCUUCAAAUCUCUGGAUGCUUGGUUGCCUACAAUUUCUUGCGAAGAAAGCUAAAAGGUCACGAAUUCAACAUUCCUUCCUACUGCAUCGAAAGGUACCUGAGGCUUACACCAGCAGUAUUGGCUGUAAUGCUGUUUACUCUAACAUGGUUUGGUUAUAUUGGAUCUGGGCCGUUAUGGUAUCAGACGGAGGACAUCAUUGGACCGUGCCAAAAAUACUGGUGGUCGUGCCUGCUAUACAUUCAGAAUUACCAACCCGCUACUUGCAUUCGACAGACCUGGUACCUUUCACUGGAUUUCCAGCUGUAUGUACUCUCCCCUUUUCUUCUACUCCCUCUAGCACGCUGGAGAAAAGAAACUAUGGUGGUAACAGCCGGUUUGGCUUUGAUUUCCAUGGCAACCACAUUCGCAAUAGCCUGGACACAUAAAUUGUGCGCGGAAAAUCAGUGCGGAGAAGGAAGUACUUUCAUGAAACAAUUCUACACCUUUCUACCUACGAAGGCCUCGUCAUGGUUAAUUGGAUUUUUACUGGGUUGUCUCAUGUUUAAAGUGAAAGAGGAGGAAAUGGCUACCAUGGAAAAGAGGAUAGCGAUACCGCUUAUGGUGGCCGCAAUAGUUGUCUACGUCGCCACCACCUUUGGAAAUAGUCACGUGGUGAUUUCGGAGAACGACCGAUAUGAGAACUCGUUUUCUUUGGCAUUACUUCGGCCGACAAUGCUACUGUCGGUUGGAUGUAUAAUAUACCUUUGCGAAAUUGGACGUGGAGGCAUUGUCACCAGUUUCCUAACAAAUCCGUUAUUUGUGGUAAUUUCGAGGCUAACUUACAGCACAUACCUGGUGCACUUCCAAGUGAUGGAGUACCACCUGGAUACCGCUCGAGUUGGUCCGCACCUUAGCACCUACACGCUCUUGGUUAACGACUUCGCCGGUGUACUUCUCCUCUCUCUUCUUCUAGGUUUGGUCCUGUCUUUGUCAGUAGAACUACCUGCGCAACAUUUCGUCAGUUUGCUAAUCAGAAGAUCAAGAAAGAAGGCAUGAGUUCAGUGAUCUACA